CAAAUACAGAGCGGCAAAAUGGAAACGACUAUGUGACAAGGGGAUGUUUAGCGAUGAAUUAUACACAGUGUCGAUAUGUGAAAAGUAUGAUCAGCAAAAAUGAAGUGUAUUAUUCCUGGGAUCCACGUAAAAGUGUUUGGUCGGGCAAUUCAUUCCCUGUCAAAAAUUGGAGAGGAAUUGUAUGUGGAACCACUUGAACAUGGGCUGACUCUGAGAACUGUUAACUCCUCAAGAUCUGCGUAUGCCUGCUUCGUUUUCGCUCCAGACUUCUUCCAGCAUUAUGAUGAAGGAUCGGGGCAGAUUAACUCUUCAGAUUCAGAAGACACCAUCAAGUGUAAAAUUACAAUUAAGUCCUGCAUGACAGUGUUCAAGUCUCUGUCCACAAUUGAGAAGACCGUGGAAAGAUGCAAGAUUACCAUGGACAUGAAGGAUUGUAAACUAACCUUCCAGCUACACUGUAAACAUGGUAUAGUGAAGACUCAUAACCUGGCAUUUAUAGAGUGUGAGACGCUUCAGGCUGUGUUUUCUAAGGACACAAGCCCUAAUGUGCUGAAAGCACAUGCCAGAUUAAUGGCAGAUGUGGUGGGAAAUUUCCAGACCAGCCAAGAGGAGGUAACUCUGAUUGUCAACUCGGAGAGGAUCUCUUUCAAGAACUAUGUGGAGGAUGAGCCAGAUCCAAUGAAAGUGAUGCAUACAGUGUUGAAUCUUGACCCCACUGAGUUUGACCUCUGUCAGAUUGGCACAGACACUGAGGUCACUUUCUGUCUAAAAGAGUUCAGGGCAAUUCUUGCUUUCGCUGAAGCCAACAACUUGCCUAUGUCUGUCAACUUUGAUACAGCUGGGAAGCCGAUAGUGUUCACCAUCCCUGGUGAUAAAGCCUAUGAAGCCAACUUUGUCCUGGCAACAUUGGCAGACUUACAGUCGGACUCACAGCAGCGCUCUGUGUCGCAGACCAAGAAACUUUCUAAGUCCAGAUCUGGUAGUGGAGACACAAUCACAGAAGAGCCAAGCCGAUUAGGUAAAAAGUCCUCAAAUCAGAGCUGCCCUCCCAUACCAGAGGAGGAGAAUGGAAGUGGAGACAGAAAAUCCCGGGUGCCACCUUCAGAAAGGUUUGAAGCAGCCUAUCAGGAGAUGAUGGAAGACGACAUGGAUUUGGAACUGACAGCUGCUGUGGAUGUUACCAUGGAUACACACAAUGCCACGCACUGCCGGCCCUCCCAGAUCUACCACAGAGGGGCAGUUAAGCCCCCAGCGGACUUUAUGUCUCAGUCUGUGGAAAGUGAAGUGAAGAAACGUGGCCUGGAUCAGACUUGUGAGGAUGUCGAAGAGGAUGAGGACCUCGAAGAUACAGUGCCAGGCACUCCUCCCAGUAAAAAGUUCAAGUCGCUGUUUUUUGGAAUGUCUCAGUCAUCAACUCAGUCCAGCAUAUCCCACAAACCAGCUUCUGUCUCCGUAUUGGCUGAAGACACUGAUGAAGACGACUGAUCAACCAAUCAAAUGCCAGUAAACCUGACCAGUGGAGAAGAUCAACUAAAAACCGAUGUUGAAAACUUGUUAGCCAGUCAGACAUGAGCAUUGGAGAAGUUUUUCAUCAAGUCCUGUAACCCAAAAGCCGUUAAAGAAUUAACAACCUGCCAGUGUUGGUAUCGAGAAAUAAGGACUCCCUUGUAUUAAGUGACGGGUCUUAUCCGCAAGAUACGUGCGCUCCUAUGUGAAUCAUCAGACACUCGAGUUUUUAGUAAAGUUUUCAGGGCCAUUUGCGUUACGUGACGUAUGUUGGCGAUCAUCAGCCUUUGCCCUAUAUGGCAUCCACAGUUCGCUUGGUUUGUAGUCAUGAAACUGAGCAUAGUUGUUGAAGUGAAACAUCCUUGACUAAAACAAUCGGUCACUUCGUCACGUCUUCAACAUUUGGUUGUCACACUGCAUGGAAGUACGUGCUCGCAGUGCUGUCAAAAUUACUUGGUAAAAAUGACGUUUCCUUCUUCCAUUACAGAACAGAUUAAUCUCUCCAUGUUGUUUAUGUAUUAACAUAUUGCGAUCUCCUUUGAUUUUUUAUACCUCUUGCCUAAGAACAGACCCAAACCUAUUUGUACAUAGUGGGGAAUUU